ACUAUAUAUAUAUAUAUAAGUGUACAAUAACGUUUUCAAUCUCAUUCUCAUUUUAGUAUCAGUCGAAUUUAUUCUCCACCAUAUCUCUCUUAAUCUCUCUGAUCUUUGGUGUAGUCAAAACUCAUCAUUCUCAUCUUUCUAUAUAUCCUCAAAAUGGCUCAGGUUGAUCAAGUUGAGGUUCCUACUCAAAAUGGUGUGACAAUGACAUCUUUAUAUGUUGGCGAUCUUGAUGCCUCCAUCAACGAAGCCGAUCUUUUUGAGAUAUUUAGCCAAAUGGGUUACGUCGUUUCAGUUCGGGUCUGCAGGGAUCUGAUCUCACAUCUGUCCCUUGGUUAUGGUUAUGUGAAUUUUAGUAAUCCUCAAGAAGCUUCUCGGGCAUUGAAUUUGAUGAAUUUUUCUACUGUUAAUGGUAAGCCAAUUAGGAUAAUGUAUUCUUAUCGGGACCCGAGUAUUCGAAAGAGUGGAAUUGCAAAUAUAUUUGUUAAGAACUUGGAUAAAGGAAUUGACAGCAAAGCUUUAUACGAAACAUUUUCAAUAUUUGGUAACAUUUUAUCUUGCAAAAUAGCAACUGAUGAUGUUUCGGGUCAAUCCAAAGGAUAUGGUUUUGUUCAAUUUGAUAGUAAAGAGGCUGCUCAAAGUGCAAUUGAGAAGCUCAAUGGCAUGCUACUUAAUGACAAACAAGUUUUUGUUGGACCCUUUAUUCGCAAAGAGAAUAGAAAAUUGGGUGCUGAGCAGAAUGUUGACAAAAACAAAGGAAUGAAUCUAUAUGUUAAAAAUCUAGAUGAUAGUGUUACUGAUGAAAAAUUGAAAGAAUUGUUCUUUGAGUUUGGUACAAUUACUUCAUGCAAGGUCAUGCGUAAACCUAAUGGUGUUAGCAUGGGAUUUGGAUUUGUUGCUUUAUCGACUGUUGAGGAAGCAUCCCGAGCUCUUGUGGAGAUGAACGGUAAAAUGGUCGUUAGCAAACCACUGUAUGUAGCACUUGCACAACGCAAAGAGGAUAGAAGAGCAAGGUUGCAGGCACAAUUCUCUCAAAUGCGUCCACCAACAAUGCUGCCACCAGUUAACCCCUGUAUGCCUAUGAUUCCUCCCCAACUCGGGUUUGGGUACCAACAACAGUUACUUCCUGGGGUGAGGCCAAACUUUUAUAUGCCCAUUGUCCAACCACACCCUUCAUUUGUGCAGCCACAGAUGCUUCCUAGGGGGCGUGGUUUCCACCGUUUCCCACCUGGUCGUAACAUGCCUGGCCGAUCUUUCCAUUGAUGGCUCGUUUGGAACACCGUAUUAGGUCAUAAUGUAUUGUAUUGAAUUAGAUUAUAUAUCAUAUUUUUAUAUAAUAUUAUGUUAAACUUUAAUAUAUACUAAAAUAUUAUAUAUUUAGGUGUCCAUAAAAAUAUAAUACAAUACAAUACGACUUAAUACGACGUUCUAAACGAGCCCUGCUCUUGAAGGCAUACUACCAGUACCAGUUCCUUACAACAUGGGUGGAGUUCCUUUUGGUGCUAUAUGAUUAUUAGUGAAUUAAUUGGUAGCCAUGGCUAUCACUAUGCCUCUUUUUUGUCUUGAACUCAUCUUGGUCUAAUAAAUCUCAUAUGUAGUUUUUGUUAUUGCUAGGUUUAUAAUUAUAUUUUUUUUUUAGCUUUUAAGUUUUAGUUUAUAUAAAUGUUAUGCUCAAAAUAUAUAUGCUUAGUUUUAUUUUAAGUUAUGUAUAUUUUAAUUUAUAAAUGUUAUAUUAUAAGUUAAAAAUAAACAAUGUUUAAUACAUAGUGGUAAGAGGAAAAAUAAGCAUCAAAGUAAUUUAAAAAAGAAAAUUUAUAUAAAAUAUUGUAUAAAAUUUCAAAGAAUAAAAAUUAAAC